AUGUAUCAAGUCGAGGAGGUCAUCCACAACGGGGUUGUGGUUGCUAUCCUUGCCCACUUCACCAACCCCGUCAACAUGUUCUACCUCCUCGGCCGCGUGUUCUGGUGUGGCUGCAUGUUCAUAGCUUUCACCACCCAUAACAUCUUCACGGACUACGACAACGUCUUCCCCACCGAGGAGUGCAUGCACACUUUAUAA